AUGGAUGUUGAAGAAGACUUGCUGAUAGUUGACGAGGUCGGCGUCUCUAGUCAACAAGCAGGACGCGAACAAACUUCCGCCCGGCCCGUGUUUUCAGACCCUGAGAGUGUCUAUUGUAGAGUGGCGGAUCCCGGCCAGGAAAGACUCUGCCGAAGCGAAGGCUCGGUUCUUGUGCAAGCUAGAGGCAAGUCAGCCAGAGCUACGGCGCACCAGUAUCUUCUUAUCAAACUUCAGUAUUGUACUGUAUUUGGAAAGAUGCCCUUCCUUUCAAAUAGUCCACGAAGGCAGGAGUUAGAAACAUUGAUACGAAGUUAG